AAUAAUUUAAAUCUUUAAAUUAUGAGCAAAAAGGAUAAAGAUUAUACAGGCUUUCCAGGUGAUUGCAAUCAGACUCAACUCAAGGCUUUGGCUGAUUUCAGAAAUAUUGUCAAUAGUAUGGGAUUGAACGAGAAAAUCUAUGAUGAUCCAUAUCUCUUGAGGUUUCUAAGGGCAAGGAAGUUUGAUAUUGCUAAAACUCAAGUUAUGUUUAACGAUUUCAUUAAAUGGCGUAAAGAAAAUGAUGUUGAUAACAUUAUGACAUAUAUGUUUGAUGAAUUACCAUAAGUAAGAACUCACUACCCUCAUGGUUAUCACAAAACAGAUAAAAUAGGAAGACCAAUCUAUAUUGAAAGGAUUGGAAUGUUAUAAUUGAAUAAACUUUUUGAAAUCACUUCAGAAUAAAGGUUGAUCAAAUAUUACAUCUAAUCAUAUGAAUUAUUGCUUAAAAGAAUAUUUCCAGCAUGUUCUUAAGCAAAAGGAACAAGAAUUGAUUAGACCUUCACAAUUUUGGAUCUUAAAGGUGGCUCAAUGAAGAUGGUUUCUAAAUAAGUCUAUAAUUUUAUCCAAUUAGCAUCAAAUGUUGGUUAAAAUAAUUAUCCUGAAAUAUUGGGAAAGAUGUAUAUUGUUAAUGCCCCCAUGAUGUUCACAGGUAUUUGGGCCAUGAUCAAAAUAUGGUUAGAUGAAAAGACAAAAAAUAAAAUCACUAUUUUGGGUUCAAGUUACAAGGAUGAAUUAUUAAAACACAUAGACAUUGAUAAUUUACCUGAUUUUUUGGGAGGAAAUUCAAAAUGUGAAAAUACAGAGGCUCUUUCCUUAAACAUUGGUCCUUGGAAUCCUGAUGGUACUAAACCACUCUUUCCAGUGGAAUAACCUGCUUAAUAAGAAUAGGAGACUCAAGAAUUAACUUAAACAUAAGAAGAUGAAGAUUAAAAAUAAAAGUUAGAUCAAUUGAAAUCAGCAUUGGCAGAUAUGUAAUUUGCAUCUCCAACUGAAAAAGCUCCUCAUAAUCCUAAUAAGUAUGAAGUCACAACUUAAAACAAUCAUAUGGUUAGUGAUACACCUCUUAAUACAGAAGUGGGUGAAGAAGACAAUCAAUUUUCACAAUAGUAAUAACAAUAAUUAUAAUAGUAAUUACAAUAGGAUUGAUUUAGACAUUAAAAAUAUAUAUAUAUAU